AUGAGUUUGCACCACACACCCACUAUCCAGCCAAUCAUCCUUCUCAAAAAGGACCUCAUCACCCAGCCCAACUGCCGGGUAGCAAAUGCAGCUUCAAGGCCAUCUCCUAGAAAUGGCAGAGGUUCAGCAAUUUCCCAAAAGACUGAAAAGGAAAGUGAUGCCCCUCUCGGCCCGCUAAGCCCACCCUUAGCUCCCAGCAUCCCCGAGUCGCCUGGCCGCGCCGCCCCUCCGCGCCGGGCCUCCGAGCCGGUCGCCUCCGCCUCCGCCGCCGCCAUUCCUGCGCCCGCGCUCGCCUGGCCCGGCACCGCGGGGCCGCGCGGCCAGGACACGCCGCGCCAGGUAAGGGGUGGCGGGUGGCUUGGCAACGCUUGGGGCUCGGGGCGGGCGGCAGACCCUGGCCGGGGCGGGGGCGGCGUGUUCUGCCUGACCGGCGGCUCCCGGCUCCUGUCCGCCCGGCCCCCGCCCCACUCCGGCCAUUCAGGCCUGGCCCGGCCCCGCGGUUUCUAUUUCUGUCGGCGAGGCCGCGGCCCCCGGGCGCUAGACCCCGAGCCGCGCACUCAGACAGGUGUUUCUCCCAUCAGUGAGCAGCUUCGUCUGUUUAUUACAUUUCUGGCCCCAGCUGGUGAUGGGAAGGCAGAGGAGGAAAGCUGGUAUCAGAAGGAUCAGGUGGCUCUGCUGGAGGGCUCACAGUCUGCGUGCAGGCUGUGGCAGCAGACACCAGGGCAGGAGGAGGGGUGCUGUGGGGGCUGGCCCAGGAGUGGGGUGUCUGUGGUCAGCGCCAGCUUCCCUGGGCGGGAGGGGAAGGGCUGGGGCUACAGAGUGGAGUCCCUGCCCAGCCUUGGCACGAAUGCCAGCUCUGAGCCCCCUCACUUCCCAUCCAUCGUUGUCUUUGAUGCUGCUCUCCUGCGGGGAGGUGGGCAACAUCUUAGGGACCUCCAGUCUCACACCCUGGCAGUCAUACCUAAACUGGAUUUGAACCUUUGGUACCGGCCAUGGCCCUGGAGGGCCGUCUUCAGCUCAGGGUCCACCUUGGGGCUUUCAUCGCGUUUACUUGCUCUGAAUGAGCCGGGAGAGAAGAGGGCUUCUGAGGGAGCCUUUCCAUUUGUUUGGGCUGGGAGCCAGCAGCCCAAGAAUAAGCUUCCAGAGAGCUCACUUUGUGAGCUGGAAGCUCUGGACAUGGCCGUGGAGGAGGAUGGUGGAAAUGUCGGGUGCCCGCCCCGUCAGUCCCUCCCCGAGCUGGAGGGAUAG